CACGUAUCAGUGAUCAAUUGGCAUAAAUGUCAAUACUAUGUUUUGACAUGUUUUGUCAUUUCACUAUUUUGUGGCGGAAGUAAUACUCUUUUUUAUAAAAAAUGGUCAUAAAUCAAAUAGGUCAAUCUCAAGGAACGUUCACAAAUGAGCUCGUUGAAUUUCCUCUAGCACGAUUCGUGAUGAUCGACUCCCACGUAGUCCCCAGUGAAGCCUCAUUAAACAACACUAGGAUACUUCAGUUAAAAUAUGUUUCACUGGAGAAGGAAUACCACCAUGAACACUUUCUUGUACUAAUGCGAUUGGCCCACAAUGACAAACACACCUUAAAUCUGCUAUGUACGCUAUUCGUAUUUAACGUGAACUUCGAUGAAACCCUGCUACAACCAGAACACGAUAACAGGAGAUUUUACAACUGUCAGAUGCGCUCGUGACUGCUCCUUUAAGAAACGGAACUGAGCCGUCGCUCCGUGACGUGAAGACGCAGCUUGCGCCGUGGAUCUGUGGGCAGGAAGCGCGUGCGAGAGAGCGAGCGCAUUGAUCAGGCUCCCUGCGUGUGGAACGGCAGGGCUGAAACAUGUCACAUUUCUGAUGCCUGGGCACGCUGGAGAACCCCCAAAUUCUUGCCCAAAACACAGGUCCUGCGAACACGCCCCGCUGAACCCGGAAAGGGGGGCCCGAGAACGGAGUUCCGAGCGGCUGAGCGGCUUGGCAUUUGAAAACAUCGGGGCGGCCACGGGGCUGGGAAGCGCAAUCCAGAAAACGACAAGGGGGAACAGUGACUGUUUUCCGAAGCCAUGAGAGAAUACAAAGUAGUCGUGCUGGGAUCCGGCGGAGUCGGGAAAUCGGCUUUGACCGUACAGUUCGUAACCGGAUCAUUCAUAGAAAAAUAUGACCCCACUAUCGAAGAUUUCUACAGAAAAGAGAUCGAGGUGGAUUCGUCGCCCUCGGUGCUGGAGAUCUUGGACACGGCGGGGACCGAGCAGUUCGCUUCCAUGAGGGAUUUGUAUAUCAAAAACGGGCAGGGCUUUAUAUUAGUCUAUAGUCUGGUGAACCAACAGAGCUUCCAGGACAUAAAACCAAUGAGAGAUCAAAUCAUCCGAGUGAAAAGGUACGAGCGGGUACCCAUGAUUUUGGUGGGGAACAAGGUGGACUUGGAAGGCGAGAGAGAGGUCUCCUCCGUGGAAGGCAAAGCGCUGGCGGAAGAGUGGAACUGUCCGUUUAUGGAAACUUCAGCCAAAAAUAAAAGCUCCGUGGACGAACUGUUUGCAGAAAUUGUUAGGCAAAUGAACUAUGCUUCGGCGCCGAAUGGGGAAGACCAAUGCUGUUCCUGUGCUAUUCUUUGAAAACAGGUUUUAUUUUCUGUAGGCUACGGGUGGGUGACAAACGCGUCAGGAUCGGAAACGAAAAGUUUGCUUGAAAACCAACAAAACUUUGUAGUGUAAAAAGGUUGACUGUCAUCAGUAUUUGAAAGUGUCCUGCUGUCUUGCACACUCCUAUUACAAAAAAGACAAUUCUAUAAAAAAAUAAGUGUUUACAUAGCAGAAUACUUGAAUGUCCUGGGGAGUUUACAUAUAUACAACUUUAUGGCGAAUAUUUUACUAUUUUAUGUGAGGUGCCUAUUUGGGGAUAUUUAAUUUAAAGCGUAAACACGUUUUAGUCCUUUUUGUUGUGGAAAUGAGGCGCGGAUUAUCCGCUCGUGUUGGAUACGGGGCGUCUACUUGAGAGAGUACGGAGCGCUGUUGUGAUGGAGCCUUCCUUUGGAAAACCCCGGAUAUGGAUUGCUCCUCGGGAAUUCGGCGUGGUUGGAGUUUUUUUGUUGCGGCACUUAAACUGUGGGCCUACCCCCCCCCCCCCCAACUGCCGUCAGGAAGUCCGGAGGGGCGGACCGUGAACUUCAGGCUCGUCGUGCACUCUCAACCCCGAAACUAGCCCAACUGCGGAGGUCGACGUGAACGCGGAGAGGAAACGCGAUUAAAGCAUUUAAGGAAAUAUAUAUUUCUACCUAUGGCAUUCGUUUAGGACACGAGUCAAUCCAUGACACUUUUGGAUCGUAAUAAUUUUGUUGUCGUUUGAGUUUGUACCGCUGAAGUUAUAACUUCCGCUACCAGCGCCACCAUCCCCCUCCAGCGAGGACCUUGCUUUCCUAUGAAGACCUGGGGCUUCGACAACCCCAACACCCCACCCCCUCCCCAUGUCAAGUGCCUUCCCUCAGUGACCUUUUAAACUUUAGUGCCAACCCGAGAGAGUAUCCGUAUUAAUCACAUUAAA